AUGGCGAAUGGUGUGGUCGCUUCUCUUCCUCGUAUCCGCGCAACGAUUGGACAUAUCCCACAGAGGUUGAAGACCGCGAACAUAGAACCCAGUUCUCGAGCUCGUCUUGAGGUACUUCGACGGAUUGUUACACGUUUGGUUCGUGAGGAACGUGCAGAAUUCCAGUGGAACAGAGCCGUUGAAGCCCGACCAUAUAUGGAAAGGCUGAUCCAGCUUGGAUUAGAAAGGGGUGAACAUGACGAAUACACCGUCGAGAUGAUGGAAUGGUGGCUUCCGGAAAGGGAUCUGAUAACAAAAAUGUAUAAAGUAAUCAUACCUCGAUUCGUGGAUCGCGAAGCCCCAUUCACUUCUAUAUAUCGUCUACCAACGCAACGUCUUGUACAGUACAAAAAAGGCCCAGUGGAGAUGUGGAGGAGAUACGAAAUUGCUGUGUUGGAAAUAGACGGCAAUCCGUUUCCACCAGUCUUGGGUGAGAAAGCGAAUAACUCAUCAUCGCUAUUGAACAUCUUGCUAAAGGAUGCCCUCAAUAAUCGGUUGAAUAAACUUCGGACGAACCACUUUCGAACGUGUGCGAUGACUCACCUCUUAGAAUGGCCGGAAUUAUCUGUCCUAACGCAGGAACAGCGAUUUGAACUUGUAUUAAAAGGUGUUGAUUCCCAGAGGAGAUCAGCACUGAGCGAUGAAGGUCUUCAAAAAACAGUUUUUGAGAAGAAUCCCCAACUGAACUUCAUAAGCAUAACAGGAUGCGGAUUGUCGUAUCUUUCUCCUUCGAUCACUGCUUGUUCACAGCUGACGAAGCUUAGCAUCACAAGAAAUGAGCUCACCAGUGUUCCAAAGGAGAUUGGAGCACUUUCGAAGUUGACUUUUAUCGAUCUUAGCGACAAUGGUUUGGAACACUUGCCACCAUCCUUUUCAAAUCUGACUAAACUUGAAACUUUUGUGGCUACUGGAAAUCGGCUCACAAGUGAAGGACUGUUUGAUUUCUCAACCAUGCAUGGUCUGUUGGUGCUCGAUCUCUCUCACAAUAAUUUAGUAGAAGUGCCUUCGACAGUGAUGAGUGCGGAGCUCGUCCGUUUGCACACGCUUAAUCUUGCCCACAACAAAAUUACUGAGGUGCCUGAGCAACUUAGCUUAAAUCAUCAUUUAAAGACAUUGGAUUUGUCGGCAAAUGCCAUAACCGCUUUACCGUGGGCGGUUGGGCAACUGGAAAAGAUUCGCAUGCUGGAUUUAUCUCAAAAUCCAUUUAAAGAUGGACGCUUCAAAAAGCUUACUAAUGAUAGGAGGGCUAAGGUCUCUGCUAUUAUUGCAUAUAUUUCAAAAAAUAUCUCGAAAUUAUCCAUGCAUGACUCCACUGGCAUGGCCGAAGGAGAUUUAAUAUCAGGAGAAUCGUUAGCUAAGAAUGAAACUAUUGUUUGGAUGGGUGCCGAAGACUUUUAUGUGAAACGUCUUGAGUCGGUAGUUCCAAUUCGACCGUUUCUUUCAUGUUGUGUCUUGAGUAAUCUUGAUCUCACCGGUGAACAUUUCAAAAAAUUCAUCAAUAUACAGACAAAACUUCACGAUUCAUCCUUAUGUGGUCACCGUACGAUAGCCGCGAUAGGGACACAUGAAUUGAAGGCAUUCAGGCCACCACUGAAUUAUCUUGCCCUUCCUCCUGAUGAGUUACAUAUCACAGCACUGCAUAAGAAGAAGCCUGUAAAUGCUCGCGAAUUGGUGAACGCGCUUGCUAGGGAUGCCGAUUUGGCACGAAAGAGGACGAAACGCAAUACUUUGAACCCUUUGCAUAGGUUAGUUACAUACAUUUUUUACCAAUAUCUAAAUCUAGUUGUCGAUCUGCCACUUCUUCCAUGUCUCAUUGAUGCUCAAGGACUAGUCAUUAGUUUGCCGCCAAUUACUAAUAGCGAUCUAACCAAAGAAACGCAAUCUGUAUGGGUGGAGGUUUCGUCAACGGAGUCGAUAGUAGUCUGUAAAAAGGUAUUCCUAUAUUUUUUUGCACAAGAGAGGGGAAAAAUGGAGUGA